UCAAAGGAAGUUGAGCAUGUGUUUAUCGUGCAGAUUGGUGCAAAAUUCUCAGAAAACCAAGUAACUUCCUUCAGUUUAUCCUUCGAUUUAGGACGUACUUGAGACUAAUCAGAGUUGUGAAGCUUAAAAUGUUAUGGGUGGAUUACAUUUCAUUCAGAACUUGAUCGCUUUGGAAUUGGCUUGAACUUUGUGCGAGUAGAAUGUCCAGUUCAGUAAUUGUCCACGAACGGGACAUGACGGAUACGUCACUCUCGUCCUCUGGCGAUCAGAGACCUCUUGUGCACAAAGAAAGAAGUCGAUUUCUUGUGGUUCUGGUUACGAUCUCUUGUUUGCUUUUGAUAUGGGGCGUUUCAUUGCUUCCCACCAUAUUUUACGCAAACAAAAUCCCAGUUCCGACGGAUCCGCCUCCACUAAACAGCAGCAAUCAAACUUGGCCUCUGUAUCCCUGCAGUCAUCCACUCAUACUGAACCACAAAACUCAUUUGUGUGAACCACGAUGCUCAUGGGUGAUACUGACAAAAGUAGAAGAACUUGCCUUGGAAGUGGUUGAAAACUUUUCUAUUGCUGUUAGCUUGUUGGGUUUUUUGAUAAUCUUGGCAACUUGGAUCAGGAUUAAAAAACUGAGGUGUUUUCCACAUAUAAUUCCUCUUUACAUUCAAGGCCUAGCAGCAGCCAUUUCUGUUCUUCUUGCUAUAGGCAAUGGAAUGGGAGGAGAGAAGGCCUUCUGCAGCAGCAAGUUCUUGUCAGAGUCUUCCAAAAAUCCCACCAAAUUUUGUACCGCUCAAGGAGUCCUAAUACACUACUUUUCUGUAGCCUUGGCUUUGUGGUUUGUGGUGUACAGCAUCAAUUUACUUCAGAUGAUUUAUUCUGACAGUCUGGUAAACCUCCAAGGAAAUAGUUACAGAGUACAGCAUGUUGUAUAUUCCUUAAUUUGCUGGCUCCUUCCUUUCAUUCCUGUUGGAAUUGUACUUGGCUCCAGUUCAAUGCCUUAUGUAGUAGUAAAUAUGCGUUACUGCUUUCCUGCACCGACAGACACUGGAUAUUUUAUGACUACAUUUAUCACAGAGGUUUCACUAGGUAUUGGCGGUACCUGCUUGUUUUUUGUGGUCUAUAAACUUUUCAUGUUACGCAACAUCUCUACUGUUGUUGGUGAGCAAGCUGAAUCAAGAAAAAAGAAAAUGGAUAAACUGGUUCAGCGCCUGGUUUUUCUUAUGUUUUCUUAUGCGGCCAUUGUAACUCUCACUUAUAUUCCCAUCUGCCUUUUACAACAACAUUCAGACGUUCUGGAACACCAUACAAAGCAAUACUUUGGUUGCUUGAUGUUUAACCCUCCAGAAAAUUGUCCCAAAACAUAUGAAAAGUAUGGUUUCUCUGGCAUAUUUGUGGCAUCAACCUUGAGCACUGCAUUCUUUGCACUGACAACUGUGUGUUUCCUGGCAUUUAACAGGCAGUCCCGCAAACUGUGGAGCUUCUGGUGGUUCAGGAUCCAGAAAUGCUGCUGUGAGCAGUCUUAAAACUUAGCAGGCAAAGCCUGAAUUGUGGUUGAAAUGUGGAAUUCAUUUUCCUCAAUUUCUGCUUGUGAUCUGUAAACUGAUUUUCUAAUAUAACCUAUGCAAAACAAUGUUCAAUUUUAAGCAGUAGUUUCAUCUUGUUUUGAUGUCAUUUUGCAUGAAAAUGAAAUAGACUUCCUUCAUUGUUAAGAAGAAAUAACUGCUUUUAGCGAACCAACAUUUUUGUGGUGUUAUUGAAUAAAUGUUAUUACUCAUGAAGAAACACUGGAUCACUUAGGUCCCUGGGAAACCAGUACCUAUUUGAUUAAGACAAUUUUUCUCUUGUGUAUGUUCACUUGUUUCCCAGAAACUGCAAGUAGCCAAAGUAUCAAUUUAAAAAAAAAUAUUUUUCUAUGCAAAAAGAGAGCAUCUCAAAGAAAAAACAGGCAUUUCCAAAGGUGCUGACAAGGAAAAUUUGUUUAAGAAUCAAGUGGGAUUCGAGGGUUAUAUUGUAAGGAAACAUUAGAUGCUGGGGCCGAUUUCUUGAAAGUCCUGGUAACUUAAUGGGCCUGUAAAGCUGUUCUGUUUUCAUCCAAGAUGGAGAUUUCAAAAGUUUUAAAAAUGAUACAAUAAAACUAUUAGCUAAAGGAACAAAAAGGACUGGUUUGGGUGCCACAACCUGCUUUCAUAUCCUUUACAUUUUGAUUUUAAAACAUGGCUUUGGGCCCUUAAAGUUACUGAGACUUUCGAGAAACAGGCCCCUGGUCACUUAGUUAGGGGUCAACAGGUUAUACUAACUAGGUAUUAAUUUAUAUUUAGCCAGUAGACUGUUUAGUGUUAACUCCAGCAGCGCUUAAAAUUGGCUGAUCUUAAGCAUAGUCAAUCUAUUUUGAAAUGUUUAAGUUAAAAUUGUACUUUUAUACUGAGAGUGAUGUUAUUUAGCAACGCUCAUCUUCACUGGUGCUCUCCUUUUGAUAUUCAACCAAAGAUUAAAAUCAUUUUUAAUGAUAUUGAAAGAAAAGUUUAUCAUUAUUGGCUACAAGUUGUCAAAUUUUUAAGACUGUGGACAUCAAAAAUAUUUCUGGAAAUAAAAAUCAAUUGGGAAAGAAAACUGGACACUGAAUUGCAAGGUUAAUUAGUCAGUGGUUUCCUUGUUAUCCCAUCUGACCUGGUCUGUGAUGUGAUUGGUCAAAGCACAAUGAACUUUUCUGGAAUAUUUAACGUGUUCAUAGUUUGUAAUAUUGACAGUAAUGGAAGAAAUAUAAAACAAUAUUUUCCUGAAAAAUAUUAUUGAUAUUAUUUCGAAUUUAUUAGAAUGUUCAUAACAACCUUCAAAACGAUCUUAAUAAACUUUCCGACGCUUUAAAA